AUGCGUGGAGAUAAGAAGUGUAAUGAACGUGAAACAUUCUUCAGGAUCAGCACUGUUUUGAAUGCUGAAUUACUGCAUGGCUGUAUAGCGAAAUUAUUGCGAAUUGCUGUCGCAAUACUUUUGACUAAUGAUUAUUCUCAAGAAAAAAAAAACUUACAUGGGCAUUGUCGACCAGCACCAACUGCACAAUGGGUUGACAAUCGUGGCGUUGUGAUUAGUGGAAAAUCACCGCAUUAUAAGAUUGAAACCUCAGAAAACCAAUCGGUUCUGAUAAUCAGUCGCGUGCACGCAGACAAUAAAGGUAAUUACGCAUUACGAGUGAAGAACAGAUCCGGUGAGGACCGCUGUGAUAUACCGAUUCAGGUGAGAAUUCGCUGA